AAAUUGAAUUAUCAAUACUCUGUUCACUUGAAAAUAAAAACCCUGAUUCUCGAGUUUCAGUCUUAUCUUUGCUAAAUUAUGAUGGCUUCUUUAAAGACCGAAAGUCAACGAUCAAUUUCGUGCUAGAACCAUGUCUUGUUAGAGGUUUAUUCAAUUCAUCUCAUCGAAGUUUUUUUCAAAUUCCUCUCCAACAAAGGUUUUAUUUUAUAGCUAGGAACCUUCAAGAAUACCUUCAAUGGCUUCUUCUUCAACUUCCUCCGUUCCUAAGAGCUUUAAGUAUGAUGUGUUUCUGAGUUUUAGAGGUGAAGACACUCGUACCAACUUCACCGAUCAUCUUUAUUCCGCUCUUCAGCUGAAAAGCAUUUACACUUAUAAGGACGACUUGAGAAUCAAGAAAGGGAAAAGGAUCGAUGAUGAGCUCAUCGGAUCCAUUGAAGACUCGAGAUUCUACAUCAUUGUUUUCUCAAAGAACUAUGCAUCUUCGUCUUGGUGCUUGGACGAGCUUGUGAAGAUAAUGAAGUGUCACAAGCAGACCGGACAUACUGCUUACCCUGUCUUCUAUGAUGUGGUACCUUCUGAAGUCCGGAAUCAAAGAGGGGUAGUUGGAGAAGCCUUUGCCAAACAUGAAAAGGAAGAGGCUGCUGGAAAAUGGAGAGAAGCUAUGAAAGAAGCAGCCGAUCUGGCCGGGUGGGAAUUAAAGAAAACUGAUGAUGGGCAUGAAGCUAAAUUCAUCAAAAGAAUCGUGGAAGAGGUUUCACUAGAGUUACGUUCGGUCAAUUUCCGCAUUGAUGAAAAGUUAGUAGGCAUGGAGACCCGGAUCAAUGAUAUUGUAUCAUCUUUAGAAACUACUCCUGAUGAUGUUCGCAUGAUCGGGAUCUGGGGGAUGGGAGGUGGUGGGAAGACAACUUUGGCCAGAGCUGUUUUUGAUCAAAUAUCCUUUCAAUUCGAAGGGAAAAGUUUUGUUGAGAAUGUCAGGGAAGUUUCAAGCACGCCUUUGUCGGGUAUAAAGUCGUUGCAAAAGCAAGUCCUUUCAGACAUCUUAAAUGAUCAAGGCAUCAACAUAAGUAGUGUUUCUGAAGGGAAAAACAUGAUGUGGAGGAUGAUGCGUGGUAGAAAGGUUCUUCUUGUUCUAGAUGACGUGAAUCGUAUGGACCAGCUUGAGGCGGUAGUUGGUGAGCGUAACUGGUUUAAGAUGGGAAGUACAAUUAUCAUUACAACAAGAGAUGAACAAUUGUUGGUAGCACAUGGAGUGAAGUUGAUUUGUAAUGUCAAUCUGUUGUCAGAUAAGGAAGCAACUUGCCUCUUCAGUAGGUACGCAUUUGGGAGAGAAAUUCCAAUUCAAGGGUACGAAGAGCUAUCAGCACAAGUUGUACGUUAUGCUGUUGGUCUACCCUUAACGAUCACGGUUUUGGGUUCGUUUCUCUGGUAAAAUGGAGGUCGAAUGGAUAGAUGUCUUAAAAAGACUUAAAACAAUUCCACUAUUAGAAACUCUAAACAAGUUGGAAUUAAGCUAUACCGAUCUAGAGCAGGAUUACAAGGAAAUAUUCCUAGAUGUUGCAUGCAUACAAAGGUCGGCGAAAAGACCAUGCAAUCCAAAUGCUUGAAAGUUGUGGAUUUCAUGCUAGAAAUGGUUUAAGAAUUCUUGAGCAAAAAUCCCUAAUAACUUUACAUCCUAAUCCACUUGGUGAUGAGUGUGUGGGCAUGCAUGACCAUUUAGAAGAAAUGGGCAGAAAUAUCGUUCGUCGUUCGCACCCGAUAUGCCUAGCAAACAUAGCCGGUUGUGGGAUAGCAAGGAAAUUGAAGAAAUAUUGGCUAGUGAUAUGGGAACCGAAGAAACAAAAUGUAUACAAUUCUAUGGGGGGAGACUCAAUCCGGGAAUUGUUAUGGAAGGUCUUAGAAAGAUGAAGGAGCUGCGGUUUCUUAGUUUGUAUUUGGAAGAUUCAUACGCCCGGGAAAUUAAUGGACCCAUGCCAAAUUUCCUAAAUGCUUUGGGAUUUCUUUGUUGUAAUUGGAAAUUUAAUGAAGUCAGCUCAUACUUUCCGGAUACUUUAAGAUAUCUGAAUUGGUACGGGUACCCUUUUAGGUCUUUACCCAAAACAUUUCAAGGAAAUAAUCUCGUAUCACUUGGUAUGUCCAACAGCGAUAUAGUACAACUUUGGGAAGGGGGAGAAAGAAAGGUUCUUAACAAGCUUAGAUUCCUUGACCUCAGUGGCGAAAAGCUGAGGACCCUUGACCUUGGGCUGACUCCAAAUCUCGAGACAUUGAAGAUUGUAGGAUGUGAUCAGUUGAUAAAACUUUACAUGCCUGUUGAAUGUCUAAAACUCAGAUACCUUGAUCUUUCUCAUGUAAAGUUGAGGACCCUUGAUCUUGGGCUUAUUCCAAAUCUUGAGAUGUUGUGGCUUACAGAUUGUGAUUUGGUAGAAUUACUUCACAUGCCUGGAAGAUGUCUAAAUCUCAGAUUACUGCUCCUCAUUGAUGUGAAUUUGAGGAGCCUUGACAUUGGGCUGACUCCGAAUCUUGAGGAUUUAGAUCUUAGAAAUUGUAAUGAUCUGGAAGAACUUCACAUGGCCGAUGGAUGUGUCAAGCUCAGAUCCCUCUAUCUUAAUAAAUUAAAGCUGAGGAAACUUGACCUUGGGCCGAGUCCAUAUCUUGAGAGGUUGGAUUUUCAUUAUUGGAACAAUUUGGAAGAAUUUCACAUUGCAGAAUGUCCACUACUCACAGACGUCAUUAUUAGGGGUUCAAAAUUGAUAACCCUUGACCUAAGGAUGGUUCCCAAUAUCAAACUGUUACGUCUUGAAGGGAUAUAUUUGCUUGAACUUCACUUGCCCAGUAAAUGUAUAAAUCUCAGCUACCUACUAUGCAUUGAUUCAUAUGUGGAGACCCUUGACAUUGGGGUGACUCCGAAUCUAGUUGAAUUAGAUCUUGAAAAUUCUUAUUUUUUGGAAGAACUUCACCUGCUCGGUCAAUGUCAUAAGCUUGCAUACCUCAACAUUAAUUAUACAAAGUUGAGGACCCUUGACCUUGGGCUGACUCCAAGUCUCAAGGAGUUAUAUCUUAAGAAAUGUUACUAUUUGAUGGAACUUCACGCUCCAAUCGGAUGUCUAAAAAAUAUUGUCAUCUUAGAGUUGAGUUAUUGUUUGGAGUUUUAUUCUUUUUCGUUUUGCGUAAAGGAUAAUACUUAUGGUAGAGUGAAUGAUCAAUUACUUGAAGUUCGUCAUCCUUUAGCUGAGUUACAUUUCAGACUAAAAAGUUGCCCACUUCACCCGGAUGAUUAUUUUCCAGGCUUUAAGUUUACAUGUUUUCAUAAAGAAGAUCUACCCUCUUUGAGAAGAAGUCUUGAGAAGCUUAUAUCUGUAGGUCCAUGUGUUUGCACAAAAUUUGAGACGUUUUCAAAAAGCAUUUGUAGGUUACAACGUUAAUAAAGCUUAAACUCAAAGGCGGUAUUCCAGAGGUACUGAGAGGAGCUAAGUUUGUUGUCUACACCUCCAGAGAGCAUUUGUAUUUUGAAAGAUCUGAAAUUUCUCAAACUGAAGUCUUGUUUGUUGGCUUUUUGAGAAAUUACCCAAGGAUAUAUUUUUUAUGUUGGAACAUGCCCAGAGGGCAUCUUCAAUCAUGUGAUUUUACAACCACAGCAACAACAAGCGUAACGCCCGACAUGUCAAGAAGAAGACUUGCAGAGAAGCAUUGGACAAGAGGGAGCUUGUAGAUCUAGAGAUUAUUCACCCUUUCUAGCUUAUUGGAGUGAGAGGACUUCACGAUUCGGCAGCCCGAGUGUGAUUUGAUAUCUUCAGACUGAGGUGAGUUUCCUUCACUAUACUCGUGGGUCGAAUACACCAAUGCCGACCCACUGAAUUAUGUUUAGGGGGUGUUUGGAUUAGAUUUUUAGCUUAUUGCUUAUAGCUUAUUUGUGAUGGGAAUAAGCAAUAAGCAAUAAGCAUGGGGAGGGACACUUAUUAAAAUUAGCUUAUUUAGCCUAAUAAGCUGGAUUUUAUCCAAACACUCAAAUUAGCUUAUUGUGGGAAUACACAAUAAGCACUCCCUUUUCUCCUAUCCAAACACCCCCUUAGUUGAUGAUAGUUGUCUUAGUGACAAUGUCUUGCUAUGCUUGUAUGUGCUUGUUGUCUAUAUGUCUCUUGUUGUUAUGAUUGUAUAGACUCGAUACCGGUUGAAAGAUACCGAAGGGGUAAAAUAUACCCAGGACUUGUUGAAAGAGACCGAAGGAGAUAAAAUAGAACCAGUGCCGGUUGAAAUAAACCAAAGGGGGUGAAAUAUACCCAGUACCGGUUGAAAGAGACCGAAUAGGUGAAAUAAACCCAAUUAUGUUUUGACUAUUAUGUAUGUAUGGUAUGGGUGUAUUCUGGGGGAACUCACUAAGUUUUGUGUUUAUAGUUUUUAGUUUAUGUUUCAGGUACUUCUAGCUCGAAUGGGAAGGACCCGGCUUGAUCGCAUUGCAUCCGCCCAUGUUUUUCCGCAUUAUGUGAUUUUGGGAUUUGUACUUUUAUGUUAUUUCACUAUGAUACACAUUUUGUUGUUUGACAUUACUAUUUGAUGUUUUGAAAGGAAUUAAAAAUGAAAUUUUUGUCUAGAA